AUGGACGACGAGAUCGACUUCGGCGACAUCCUCCCCGCCCCCGGCGGUGCCGCGAACGACCACGACGACGUGCUCGGCGCCCCGGAGUACCACGCGGACCCACCGUCCGAGGAACGAGAUCCGGGGGGCGAUCGCGACGGGGCGGCCCCCAAACGCGUGUUGGUGAAGAUCGCUCGCCGCGUCGGCGACGACCGGAGCCGCGCACCGUCCAGGGAUAGGGGCGACCGCGGUUCCGGGGGAAAGAAGACAGUCAGGGUGGUGGUGCGCAGGGAUCGGAGGAGCAGGAGCCGCUCUCCGCCACCCUCAUCGGGCAGCAGAAGGCUCGAGGAAAGGCUCGAGGUGCCGCCAAAGGGCAAGGGGAAGAGACCGAGGGACGAUGGCCCGGCGAGUAAGGAGAAACGCCAAAAAAUGGAGCUCGCGAAUGCCUUCUGCUUAAUCUGCGGCGCGAUCGGCUCGCACUACACGGAGGGCUGCCCCGACAGGACGCACAAGGAGCGUGGCAAGUGCAUGAUCUGCGGCGAGGCUCACGCUAUCAGGGAUUGCCCUCAGAAGAAGGAGAGUAUAAAGGAGAAAAGAAAGAUGAGUAGGGAGGAUAGGAGUCAUCGGAAAGAGGAGGAUGGGGAGGAGGGCGAGGUUCCGAAGCACUCGACCGACGUUGUCGAGAAGAAUCACCGAGGAGCUUUCUGCGCCCUUUGCGGCGCGAUCGACUCGCACCACAUCGAGAAAUGCCCAGACAGGACGCACAAGAAGGAGCCUGGCAAGUGCAUGAUCUGCGGCGAGGCUCACGCUCUCAGGGAUUGCCCACAGAAGAAGGUCAACCCCAACAAGAAGGAAGGGAGAGCCCACCCCAGGAAGAGGGAGAGAUCGGGGAAAAGGAUUGUAUCGGAGAAAACGAGCGGUGGAACGAAGCAAGAGCGAAGCCCGUCCCCGAGCCCCGACGGUGAGAGCAAGAAGGGAGGGAGAUAUGCGGCGUACCUGGAAGGUGGCGAUCGCGCUCGGUCGCCGGAUAACAAGCCGGCGGGCUGGGCUCGCGGCGGGGACGACGGCGAAGUUGUUGUAUUGGAUGAAUGA